UGCAAGCGGAAACGAAGGCAAAGAUGUAAGUAGGAAGAAAUGAUCUUCAAACAUAUUGAAAUAAGUGCAGAUGCAGUGUUGACACAGGUGGGGCAUAGGCGGGGAAUUGCAGCCGAGGCAACUUUGUGCAUACUUACUUCUUGAGGCCAGCUCGACCUGAAUACAACACUGUUCACUAAAUCCCUAAAAAUUACAACAACACCAAGGACAGCAUCUGAACACAAUCAUAACAUCUAUCUGCAUAAAUUCAGCGAAGAGAUUUGAAAAUGUCAGAGUUCUCUCCAGAAUGCGUUGCAUUCAUUACUGGUGCUGGCUCGGGAAUCGGCCGAGCAGUAGCCUUGCGUCUCGUAGCUGAUGGAAUCAAGAACGUAGCUCUCAUUGAUCUCAUCGAAGCUCACCUCGCGGACAUAGCCGCCAAAAUUGUCGAACUCGACCCGUCCAUCGAAGUCCUCAAAAUCGGAGCCGAUUGCAGCAAAGAAUAUCAGGUCGAUUCCGCAGUUGAGAAGACAGUUGCGACUUUCGGACGACUGGAUAUUUGUUUCAACGGAGCUGGCAUUCCUGGAACAAUUGCGAGAACAGCUGACAUGAAUUCCGACAAUCUUGACGCAGUUCUUGGGGUUAAUCUCAAAGGAGUUUGGUAUUGCGAGAGAGCGCAAAUUCGACAGAUGUUGAAGCAAGAGUUGAGGCCGGUAACGACUGGACUCCCACUCAAGACAAGGGGCACCAUUCUCAACGUUGCAUCUGUGAGUGGCAGCCUGGCCAUUAGUAGAGUUUCGCCAUAUGUGAUGUCGAAACACGGGGUCUUGGGAUUGACCAAAACAGACGCCAAGGACUAUGCUCCGGAUGGGAUCAGAGUCAACGCUAUCAGUCCUGGAUGGGUUAAGACUGAAAUCAGCAAGAUGCUCUGGGACAGCCCAAAUAGCAACGCUGUUGCUGCGAGAGCGCCAAUGGCUCGAUGGGGUCUGCCGGAAGAAAUAGCCUAUACUGCUAGUUUUCUGCUGAGUGAUAAAUCAAGCUUUAUCACUGGGACUUCUGUAGAGGUGGAUGGGGGCUAUACUGCUUGCUAAUCGCUACGGCGAGAACUGUUUCUGAAAUAAGUCACUAGUUUGCUUGAGAAAGGGGAGGGGGAAUAUACUUCGAGGGCAAGAUCUACUUUCUAAUUUCGAGAGAAAUUCAUGGA